UUUCUUCCUGAUGAAUCUUCUUCUUUCAUCUAAAGAAAUGAAUCUCUUUUAAAUGAUUUCUCAUGGUGCCCACGAAUAGUUGCUUUUGGAGAAGUCAAAUUAGGCUUAGCUCAUUUUAUUAGUACUGAGUAAAAUAAAACUAAUCAUUGUGGAUUGUUUAUGCAUUGACAAAAUUCUCAUUGAUUUUUCUCUCAAAGAAAGAAGUUCCAUUGAUUUAUCUCCAGUGGAGUUUUUCUUUUUUGGAUUUAUGGACUGAUUGUUUCUUAAGUUUUGGCUUAUGGUUUGAGGGGGUUCAGACUUCAGUUUGCUACUUCUGGAACUGAGUCGAUUUUUAGGCUCUUUUAGUUAGUCUUGAUUCUACGUGAUCGUAGUUAGAAAUCAAGACACAUUUGGAUGUAUUUGAAAAGAGUUAAUGGUUUUAUGUAAAGUGACAGAAAAUUAAAUUACAGGGAGCCUCUUGGUCUUCAAAAAUGAAAAUGAUAGUCUGAGAAGCCUCUUGUUCUUUGUUUCCAGAUAGGAUUUUGAUCUUGGCUCAUUGAUAAUGCUCGCCUCUGUACCUAAAUUUUUCUGUUUCUUGUCCUACUUGAACUAAAGAUGAUUAAGACUUUGGUCAAGCCAGAUGAUUAAGAUUUGAGUUCUUGUACCUUAGAGAAAAUAGAUAUUUUGCAAAUUCUUAACAUACAUUCAGCUGGUCUUCAAUUCAGGAGCAGUUGAACAAACAUUACUGAAUAAGAGAUUGUCAUAUCGGAUUUAAAGCAUUUCUUUAACUGCAGACAUGGCUGCCACCAAGAUCUACAUAGUGUAUUACUCCUUAUACGGGCAUGUGGAGACUAUGGCACGGGCAGUGCAGCGAGGAGCUAAUACAGUUCCUGGUGUUGAAGCAACUCUCUGGCAGGUACCCGAGACACUUUCUGAUUUGAUAUUGAAAAAAGUGAAGGCUCCACCUAAAGCAAAUGAUGUGUCAGAGAUCAAGCCUGAGCAACUCCCGGAGGCUGAUGGGUUCGUCUUUGGGUUUCCAUCUCGGUUUGGAGUAAUGGCAGCACAAUUCAAGGCAUUCUUUGAUGCCACACAUGAGCUAUGGGCGUCCCAAGCCCUUGCUGGUAAACCUGCGGGAAUCUUUUGGAGUACUGGCUUCCAUGGCGGAGGCCAGGAGCUUACUGCCUUAACAGCCGUGACACAGCUGGCACAUCACGGAAUGAUUUUUGUGCCUCUCGGCUACACGUUUGGCCGAGGCAUGUUUGAGAUGAAUGAGGUGAAAGGCGGGUCUCCUUAUGGUUCAGGGACUUACGCAGCAGAUGGAUCACGCCAACCUACGGAGCUAGAACUCCAGCAGGCCUUUUACCAGGGAGAAUAUUUUGCAGAAAUUGCGAAGAAGCUCAAGAGCCAUCCUGUUCCAGCAUAAAGACUUGCAUGCUACGUAACCUGUCAAUUAUUGUAAGGAAUACCUACACUGCAAAGUUAGCAACCAUGUAAUUUUAUAACGAACUUUCUUGUAAGCAAGACAAUGUAAUUUAGUCUAAUAAAAGUGUGAAUAAUAUAAUUCAAAGGUUACAAGUUCGGGUUGACCCGAAGAUGAAAA